GGAGAACAAGGGACGUCAUAGUCGUCGCGGGAACGUUACCACUCGCUGAUGUGAAAGACGCAACGCCUUUAUUGUCGCGUAUAGGAAAUGAGACUUCAGCUCCACUUGAAGUACUUGGGACAUGCUUUGCAAAAGGUCCUAUUUCUGUCCGACAAGUAGUCUGGCUGGAUGACUCUGUCUCUUCUGAACAGUCAUGUAUUGUAUGCUAUGAAAGACCAAAACAUAGAUCCUGGCGCCACUACAGCCUUGUUGACAUCAAUCUUGACCUACUUCUGGCGAUUCAGCCUUCCGAGAAGGGGACAUCCCUGAAGACUCGACAGAACGAUUAUCUGUCAUUGCAGAAUAGCUUUGUGAAGGGCACAAGCGCCCUCGCACAAGGUAUUGACCAUUAUUCUGUGCAGCAGAUGAAUGCUGCGCAUCGAGUAAUGGCCGUUGUCGGGGAUAUGAUGAAGUCCAGUCCCUCCGCCAGUGCGGACGAACGAUCCACUCUCGCAAAACGCACGUCUCACUCAUUGACCCGACUCUGCGACUCUCUGGUUGGCCCACUUUGUCGUUCGCGAGACCACUUCCUCCAUCUUUUCGGCCUUGGUCCAUGGGUACAUUCGAGUAUCUCGAUUGCUCAACAGCUUGAUCUUCGAUGCGAACAGUUUACUUUUAUUCUCAGACAAGCCUGGCUUCUUCAAGUCACAGAUACUGGGAACAACGAACUCUCGACGAAUUACAUUAGCACACAGAACUGUAUUUGGCUGAUCUUGAACGAUAUUAUUAUCGGUACCGCCGUGGGCACGACCCUCGUCGAAAACAAGGCUUAUUUGGCGAGACUUGUCCUCAAACUCGCCAUGCAUCUCACCGUCGACUCAAUGCGGGAAUCAAUCAGCUGGCUUGACAAUUGGCCUGCUGGGCUCAAGCUCAACACGGAGCUGAGUCGGUUCUUUUUCCUUAUAUUUAACGCACUACUAGAAUUUUGGAGCGUCGUCCUGAUUUAUAUCAGCUAUGCGCUUCCAACUAUUAUUGAACUCAUCGGCAUCUCAGGAGUCCUUGGGAUGACCAUGAUUCUGGCGUGCACAUCCGAUUUGGUCAGCCUCCUGACAGCACAUUUGUUCAUGGCCUAUACGGUUGUCAGAGUCGCUUUCAGAACGCAACUUUUAACGACAAAUUCGCUGUACAAUCUGUUCCGAGGGAAGCGCUAUAAUGUGUUGAGACGUCGAUUGGACUCUUGGUAUUACGACCUAGACCAACUAUUACUGGGUGCAAUGCUCUUUACCCUGAGCAGUUUUCUCUUUCCGACCGUACUUGUCUAUUACGUACUUUUCGCGCUUACUAGAUUAGCACUGCAAUCCCUACAAGCUGGGCUCAAAGUUGCUUUGGCACUCUUGAAUCACUUCCCGCUUUUUGCCUUAACACUUCGCAUAAAGGAUCCAUGGCGUCUACCUGGAGGUGUCACUCUUCGUCCGCGCGAGGACCGACAAGGCUUCAUCAUUAAGAACUCCCCGAUAGCACUGUCAAAGAUCUUUGAUCAAUACUUUGUGCUCGGGUCAAGGCUUGCGUCACAUUAUAAUCCGAUGCGCUUGAUAAUAGCCUUUGUGAAAGGCAACCGCCUAGACUCCAUUCCGCAUAAAUUAAUCCGCUAUACGUAUCGUACACAAGGCCCACAAUUACACAUGCACAACUAGCAAACGCCCAAAAUUGGAACAAGAAUCGUAUAAUAAUGAACCUACCCCGCCUCUUCCUCUACGCGUCGACGUUUUUGCGCAUGCAUAUCUGCCGC